UUGAUUAAUUUUGUAUAUUAAAUAAAUUAAUUCAUGUACUAUAAUAGGAUGAAUAUUGUUUGUUAUUUGUCAAAGGAAGAAAGAGUUUAUACUUUAGUUGAUAUAUACGAUGAUUUUUUUUUAGUAAAAAUAUAGAAAAGUUGUGUUAAAUAAUGAAAAUAAAUUCUAGACUAUUAGAGUAUUGAUUCUAUUUAUUGUUAAUUGUCAAUAUUUAAAUAAUAUAAUCUUGAUGUAUCAUUUUUAUUAAGCUUAAUACAUAUAUCAUAAUGGAAUUAUUGAUGCGUGGUGAAUUUUUCUAUCGAAUUCGUAUACAAACAUCACUUUCUGAAAAAGAAGCAAGUCAAUUAAUGAGAAAACUUGUAUCAGUUGUCAAUUUCAUGCAUAGUACUGAUUAAUGUCAUCGAGAUCUUAAACCAGAAGUAUGAAAAUCUUAAUUGAAUUUUUUUUUUAAAUUCUAAAUAAAUAUUUAUCUUUUAUAGAAUUUACUUUUUUUCAUCAUCUCUUCUGGAUGCUGAAAUAAAGAUAAUUGAUUUUGAUUUUGGUUUUGCUAAAAAACGUACUAAACAUCAACCAAUGGCAACAUCAUGUGGUACACUCUUAUAUACAGCAUUAGAAUUACAUCGUACUGCAACAUCAUUUAAUCAUUAUCAAUCAUCUUCUCUUUCGAUAUCAUCAGUAUCAUCUUCGUCUUCAUCAUUAUCAUCAACAAGUACAACUGUAGCUCUUGUACCUUCUACAUUGACAAAUACAAGUCCAAUUACAUAUGAUUAUGAUGAGUCAUUUGAUUUAUGGUCACUUGGUGUUAUUUUAUAUACAGUGUUAAGUGGUGAAGUUUCAUUUAAUUCGAUAACAACUCAUCGAACAGCUGAAGAUAUUGUUGAAGAUAUUACACGUUCGAAAUUAUCAUAUGAUAUACCAGCAUGGAAAAAUGUUUCACUAGCAGCUAAACAUUUUGUUAAAGGUUUGUUGACAGUUGAUCCAUCAAAACGUUUAACAAUUAAAGAUUUAUCAAGAAAUACUUGGCUUCGAGGUUCAAGUAUUCAAACAUCACAUGAUCUAUUAAUGACACCUAGUAUACAUUGUCAAGCAUCUCAAUCUCUGAUUAUAUGUGCUGUAUCUACUAAUAAUGUUCCUUCAUCUAUAUUAUCACAUACUCGUCGUUUAUGUGGAAAUGGUGUUUGUCGUGGUCGUCAUGCUCCAUGUCCACCAACAAAUGGUAGUUCAUCUUUAUCAUCAUUUGACUUUAGUGAUGAAAGACUUUCACAAUUAAUCAAUCAAUAUCCAUUAACAACGACAACACCACCAUAA